AUGCAGUCCUUUCUCCAAUAUAGACACGCGGGCCGUGCGGCUCAGGCUCAGAUUGACAGAGAUGCGGAAAAGUUGAGACAUGGCCAACCAGGUGAGAAAUCUCCCGCCGGGUCCUCUUUUCCAAACCCCGAACCCUCGAUUGGUUCGGGAUCCCCCAUGCCAGAUGAUAACAUCGAGGAGGGUAUCACGAACAUCGAGCGCAGUCACACAAUUGAAACUGUGAUCACGCGCUAUUCUGAGGGAACUGCCCUUGGUCAUGCGUUGACGGGAAUUCGUGUUCAAGAUGUGCACAACCAUAGCCAUGUAGGGCGCAGCGGGAGGGUAUUUGUUGUCAACUGGGAAGGGCCUAACGACCCAUUGAAUCCCCACAAUUGGUCAAUUGGUAGACGCAUUGGCGUCACUUUACAAAUUUCUAUGAUUGGGCUCUUUGUUACAGGUGCAUCUGGAAUCGACGCAACAGUACUCCCGCAAGCAGCAAAGGCGCUUCAUGUUAGCGAAGUUGCCGAGUCACUAGCUACAGGAUUGUACCUCGUUGGAAUGGGACUUGGGUCUCUGAUAGCUGGUCCUUUCUCUGAAACGUUUGGGAGAAAUGUAGUCUACAUUACUUCUAUGGCUGUCUUCAUGAUAUGGAUUAUGGCUUCUGGCCUUGCUCCCAACUUUGGUGCCCAAAUCACGUUCCGUCUGUUGGCUGGAUGCUCCGCAUCGACACCUCUGGUCUGCUCUGGAGGCUCAAUCGCCGACAUGUACAACAGCAUUGAGAAGACAUGGAGCUUCCCUCUGUACGCUAUCGUAUCGUUUGGUGGGCCGAUGAUCGGAGCGGUUAUGGGUGCUUACAUUGGGCCCUCAUCCGUCAGCUGGCGUUGGGUAGAAUGGUGUACACUCAUCGCCGCUGGUCUUGUAUUGAUACUCGUGGCUUUCUUCAUGCCCGAGACAUAUGGGCCAUUGUUGCUACAGUGGAAGGCUGCCCACUAUCGAAGAAUUACCGGCGAUGAUCGCUUUUGUUCCGAGCACGAAAUUGCUGAUGCGACUCUGUUCAGUCGGCUCAAAGUUAGCAUGACACGUCCUUUUCGGAUGCUCACUGAGCCUAUUAUCAUCGCAAUGACGCUGUACUUGAGCGUCUUGUAUAUCAUUCUGUUCACCUUCCUCGUCGGCUGGCCGUACAUCUUCGAAAAAACAUUUGGCCUGGACCAGGGACUUGCCAAUAUUAUAUUUAUCUCCAUGUUUCUUGGCACCGAGGCCAAUUUUGUAUUGGUUCCAAUUGUCUACCGGAUGACCCUCCAGCAAGCCAAGCGGGGACAGGGAGAAGGGAAUCAUCUUUUCAAGCCUGAGACGCGUCUGUGGUACGCCAUGUUUGGUGCAGCAAUUGCAGUCCCGGUUUCGCUUUUCUGGCUAGCCUGGACCAGUUUUGCGAGCAUCAGCGUCUGGUCCUCAAUUUUUGCUGUGGCGAUGUUCGGUUUCGGCAUAACCGGUGUGUUCAUUUGCGUCUACAUGUACAUCAUCGACUCGUACGAGAUUUACGCGGCCUCCGCGCUCACGUUUGUCGCCUUGACGCGAUACGUUGUUGCGGGAGGAAUGACAGUGGUUGGCAUCCCAUUCUACGAGAACAUGGGAACACACCACACCCUGACGAUUUUGGCGUGCUUAGCGUCAAUUCUUGUACCAAUUCCUUAUGUCCUUUAUUAUUAUGGACACUGGAUUCGAUCGAAGAGUAGAUUUGCCGUGGCAAAGUAAUCAUUGCUGCGAAGAGGUUUCUAGGGAGCAUAAACCAAGAUUGCUUAGAUAGCGUUGAAUGUGAUCCCAGGUUUUCUAACUUAGUUUAAUGGGGAAUUUCAAUAGAAGAUGACAAAAAGGGUGUAUGGAGAAAUGGACACAUUACCUAGGUAG